GUCUGCUACACCGCAGCGCGUUCUCGGAGUUUCAACUCGAGCCUGCCUGCUACCGUGCAACCGUUUUCACAUCUGGCGACGAUCGACAACGGCGCGAUCGCCAAUCGUUCCAGUUCGUGAAUACACUCCCGAGAACGGUCCUCGAAGGGAGGACAGGUUUCGUCCUUUUUUUUAUCCGGCGAAGAGGGGCAAGCCUCUGCGCGACCGACGUGCAUCUGAUCCCCGUCCGGAAUCGGCCGGUUUUUUUUUUUUCAUGCCGCGCGCGCGCGCGCGUGUGUGGAGUCGCCCAUCUAGCCUCAUUCUCAUCGGCAGUCACCCAACGACGCAGCGAGCUGCUGCUCACCCUCGCUCGCUAGCAGUUGCCGUCGCCGCAGCGGCUUUUCCCGUGGCCUCCGAAGCCGUGCGUCGCCUCCUACGUGCGGCUCAACAACCGCCGUCAGUUUAGUGCGUGUGUUGCCCCAUCCGAAGAAGACGGCGACUUCGGUAACGAUGACUACUGCUACUACGACUGCGAAGGUCAGCGUCGUCGGUGACGCGCGGUGAUACGGCUCAACGACUUCGCGGUGGUCGGGGCCGGCGCUGCGUUUUGACCGCGGAAGCCAGGACACCGCCUCCCGCGGCCGCUGCGCUACGCGCCAUCGAAAGUUCGUCGUCGUCUGCUUCUGCGUGCGGUAGCAGACGGACGGUGUUUUUUGCUAAGCCUAACGCAAUCCGUUCGCUUACUUCUUUGGGCCCCCUCGACGGGCGAACGGGUUGUGUUGCACGCUUCGACUUUUCAGUGGUGUAAUACAUCUAGUGGCUUCGGUGUUGACGCGCGCGCGUGUGUGUGACUGUGUGUUGUUUUGUCACCGUAUGUGUGGUGUGUAUGUGUGUGUGUUGACAUCGUCUGGCCGUCGUUUUACUCGAUACAUCUGUGUGUGACAGCACUUGAGUGUCAUAAGGAGUGCAACGGUUGAAUCUCUACAUAGCCGGGGGCCGUACAAGGUGGACACACCAGCGGCGUUCACGUUGAAGUCGGCUUCCGACAGGAACUGUAGGUAGUGAGAAGAAAGGAGAGUGAUUGAUCGUCGACUAUGGGACAGCCUCAGAGCCGGGCGACGCCCGCCGGUAUGGGCUACACAAACCAGGGCGGAUCACCGGAACUGAGGCCGCGUCGGCAUUCCACGCGACUGUCGGCGCGUCGCGCCCGCGUCGGCAUGGACCGUUUACGACGGAGCCUGCGAGACAGCCUUCGGCGCGGUGCACGUCGGGAGCACGUGCCUGAAUGCAGCAAGCCACACCAGUGGCAGGCGGACGAGGCGGCUGUCCGGGCUGGAACUUGCACCUUCCCGGUCAAAUACCUCGGCUGUGUCGAAGUCUUUGAGUCUCGUGGCAUGCAGGUGUGUGAAGAGGCCCUGAAAGUUUUGCGCAACAGCCGGCGGCGCAUGGUGCGGGGUACACUGCACGUGACGGGCGACGGCCUCCGGGUGGUGGACGAGACGGGCACCCGGGGCCUGCUGGUCGACCAGACCAUCGAGAAGGUGUCGUUCUGCGCGCCCGACCGCAACCACGACCGCGGCUUCUCGUAUAUCUGCCGCGAUGGCACCACACGACGAUGGAUGUGCCACGGAUUCUUGGCCCUCAAGGACUCGGGGGAGCGGUUGAGCCACGCUGUGGGCUGUGCCUUUGCGGUGUGCCUGGAGCGCAAGCAGAAGCGUGACAAGGAGAGCGUCCUCAUGAGCAUCGACCCGAAGACGUCGAGCUUCACUCGCACGGGCUCCUUCCGGCAAGGCUCCCUCACCGACCCUGUCCUGCCCCACGACCCCCAGGAGGGAAAACCUUCAGAAACACCACCAGUGAAGGCAGUGGUGAACCCGUACGCGAUCGAGCGGCCGCACGCGACAGUGACGCUGCUGCAGAGGCAGGGUUCCUUCCGGGGCCUGGGCAGCCUGAGCCAGGCGUCGCCCUUCAAGAGACAGCUGUCCCUGCGGCUCAACGAGCUGCCCUCGACGCUUGAGCGACAGCGCGCCAUGUCCCUCGACGCCGCCACCACCGACCUCUUCCAGCCACCCACUGCACGACACAACGGAUUCACCAACGUGCCCCCUCCGAUACCCGAGUCCUCUCCGCUGAGCGAGAGGCCCGACACCAUCAGCGCCAUGUGCCAGCAGGUGAGCCAGGGGCUCACCCUGCUCAGCGACUCAGCCAGGGACGACCCGUUCCGGGAAAAGGAUGCACCACAACAGCCACUGCCACAAGCCGGCGUGGCACCCGUGCAACAGAGCAACCCCUGGGCUGACUCCUCUCGCGCCGAUGCCUGGCUGGCCUCCCUGCCCACCCAGUCCUCUUCUCCGGCUCCGCCUCCCGCCCGACAGAGCCCCGCGCCCAUAGCGGCCCCGCCCCACGUCCUGCCCCGUCGAGCUGGCGCUCCACAGCUGCGCAGCCAGUCGCUGAGCGCCGCCGACGGACUAGUGUCUCCGACGCGUUCUGCCUCGCUCUUCACCUCCCACUGGGCCAAGGAACCGCCGCAGACUCCACCCCUCGUGGGCAAUGCCACACCCCCGCUGUCAGGAGACGCCACGAGCUCUGCCCUCCAGGACCCCUUCGAUGCCGAGUGGGCAUCCCUACCAGCCCAAAAAGGGUCGGUGGCGACCAAUCCGUUCGUGGCCCCUAAUGCCGUGAAGGCCUUCGAGGUGCACCUCUAGUGGCGCAACUUUGCUUUUUCUCGUGCGCAGGAUUUUUAUCGUGCCGGUGCAUUUCGAGGCCACCGGCAGCUGAGGGAACCGUGCUUGAAUGCCCGUGUCGGCAACGACAAGCAGUAGUCUCGGUCUUCGGGAAGAGCUUAGCGUCCUUAAUCCAAGUCGAGCGGUAUUGUCGCGACGUACGCGUUUCGAGCGAAAUUGCAAGAUGAUAGUGCAACGUUGGUAGAGAAACCCUCUUUCGUUCAAGAGAAGCCGAGGGAUGUGCUGCAGCAAAUGCGCCCCGGAAAGUGUCUUGUAAGAGAUAGCUUUUCGGUCGCGCUCCCUUUUUAUUAGCUGUCUCUCCCAUUUUUAUGUUUCUCCCGAAUUUUAGUAGCCUGCCAUUUCGUUUCAUUUCUGCAUCACAUUCAUGUUGUUGGGUGUCUUAAGCGUGCACGUUUGACUACAAGCGCUCUUUUUUUGUACAUACGAGGCCGUCGCGGCGAUAUCCUCUUACAGGCCUGCCCUGAGACUGGUCCAGAGGAAAGAAAGAAUUCUAUCGCAACCUUUCGAGUAUCUUGUUCCCCGGGCUAUGUGCCCGCAUAUUCCUAGCGUGCCCUCCCCUCUCGAGAACCUGCUUGUGGCAAAGCUUAUUACGGUGCCAACUGUUUUCUUUCGCGGUACUCUGCCGCAACGUUGCAUUCCACUCAAUAGUGUUGCCGGGCAUCCGUCCUAUUUAGUCGGCAGCGGUUGACGUCCUCCGCCGGCUUUUCCUCUCUGUCAAUGAACUUGCAUUUCCCGAAACAUCCCGAGAGGAGGUCGGUGCAUCCACUCGAAAUACCUCCCUUUUUACCCGUUGUAUGCGUGAAUGUGGGGAGUGAAGUGUAUUUAUGCCACCCUUUUUUUUCUCUCUCUCUCUCUCGAUCGUCUUCAUAUACUGCUUUUUCUUUUCCUAGAGAGCUUAUUACGGCUGAACCGAGCCCCAUACGGCGAGGUCACCUCUCUCCCACUUCAUAAUACGCUACAAAACAGUGGGUUGAGAACUACUAUGAAAGUGAAGGAAUAGGCCGAUGUUACAAUUGCCGAAACGAAGGUGCUUGUUUAUACCCUUCCCCCUUCGCAUUCUUUCGUUUUCGCGGACGAUUCAUUGCAGGGUCAUCUCGUUCGCGAAGCUUCGGCAUUUCUUUUUGUUUCAUGUUACCCCUUGUAUCGUGUCGUUCAUCGUUCGGGUUCUUUUUCCGUGGUUUUUGCAAGUGUCAAAACGAGAGUCGCUAGAAUCGGCCGGACGUCCUGAGUCGUCGUUUGCGACGCGUUAUUCGCUGCAUCUUGGGGUGUAAAGUGUGUGUAUGUUUCAGCUUUUAACUGUUUGUGCGACGAACUGUUUUGAGGCUGUGCUUUCGUAGACUGUUACUUCCGGAAGGAAGUUAGCGCUGUUUUCGAAGAACGAAGAAUGGUUGUACAAGGCUGGUUGACAAUGUGUACAAAGGAAGGAAAGAAACUACUAGUUGUGUGUUUUCGAUGUUUGGAAGCUUUUUGUCUCUGCUUCUUUCUGCAAAAAACUCUUAAGCUGAAAAAGCACGUGAAGGACUGUCUAUUAUGAAUUGCCGCGUCUUUAGUUUUCAUUGUCCUUACACGCAUUUCUUCUUCUCAGUUGUAUGCGUCGCUCUCGACUCUGUGAAAGCGGUGCAACACGACAGCUGUGAAGCGCCUUAUGGCUUUCUUUCUUUUUUUUAUUGUUAUCACGUUUUCGUUCUUGCCGACUACAUUCGUGUUGGUGUGUAUCCACAAGUUAUGUAAUAAAUGAGUAUGACAGUGAUCAAGUUAA